AUGUUUCAUUGUUGUGGUGCCGUCAUUGUUUUUGAAGAUGUUCCAUCAGGUGACAGAAUUACUCUUGGAGAGGACCAUGCAUUAUACUGUGUUGUUAGUGGCAUGGUAAACGAAGAACUGAUAUGGUAUAAAGAUGGUAGGCAAAUACAGUUAACAGAAGAUGAAAUACGAAUUUCUAUAGCAAAACGCGAACUAUCUAACGGAAAUUUAUCAACAUUGGUUAUUGACAAUGUAAUGCAAGGUGAUGCUGGGUUGUAUCAAUGCGUCAUUAUAUCACCGAUGUCUGGGUCGGUGUCAAGUAGUUCUCCAGAAGCUGAAUUGCUUAUUCUUUCGCUACCCGCACCAGAAUAUCCUCUUUGUUCUGAGCCUGAUAGUGCUAUUAUUGCAGGAUCAACGGUAGAAUUAACAUGUGUUUCUGAAAGAGUGUUUCCCAAAGUGAGGUUACACUUUACUCGCAACUCUGAACCCGUGAAUACGAGAACAAUGCUCACUGAAACAGGUAACUUAGUAACACUCUCGCUCACAUUACCAACAAAAAAAGAUAAUAAUGGCGAAAUUUAUGAAUGUCACCAAUAUUCAUCUCAAAUUACCAAAAAUCAUGUAUGA